UUAUUUUAGGAAACAAAGAGCUGUAUCAUUUGCACAUGCUCUUAUAGGCAGAUGCAUGCUCUCCACUCACAUUCUUCAAAAGAAGUGAAGGCAAGAUGAAGAGCUCUUUGCUGUGGGUGGCUUUGGCUGUCUCCCUGGGAUUCGUCCUUGUGGCAGGUUAUCGGUGGGAUGAUGAUGGUGAGGAGCGUGUGCUGGUUAAUAACAAGUGUAAGUGCGUAACAGUGACCUCAAAGUUUGUCCCCUCCAAAGACAAUCCUGAAGAAGAAGUCCUGGAGAGAAACAUACGUAUCAUUGUCCCACUCAAGAGCCGACAGAAUAUCUCUGAUCCUACAUCCCCACUCAGAACCACUUUUGUCUACCGCAUGACUGAACUCUGCAAAAAAUGUGAUCCCGUAGAAAUUGAGCUAGGGGGUGAGACAUACAAGGCCCAGCAAAGCACCUCCUGCAACGAGCCAGAAACCUGCUACACCUACGACAGGGACAAGUGCUACACCACAACAUUCCCGUUCGUCUACCAUGGGGAAACAAAGCACGUUCAAGCAGCUCUGACACCAACUUCCUGCUAUGCUGAUUAGCUCAAUCCACUGCUAUCCUAACACCUUGUUGCACUCUGUUUUCCUAUCACCAAUCCAUGUAUAGCACUGUAGUACCUGGACGACAGUGUACAAAAUAUCAGCUCCCAGAAGAACGCAAGCUUGCUUCAUGUCAUUUUUCACUAUCAGGAGUAUCAUCCCUAAGAGUACCUGCUGGUUGCCAGAUUCUCUUAUCCCUGUCCUGAUAGGUGCAGAUAUUGUGACACCAUUAUAAAUCUUAGAUUUUAUCAUCAGAUAGAAAGACCAGACCCUCAAGCAGCAAUAAAUCACUAAUUCCUCUGAAAUCAAGGGAACAACACUAGGUCACAACAACAGAGAAUCUUUUUUGACCAUCUUCCAUCAGUCUAAGUAAGGCUGCCAUGGACAUCAGAAGAAACACCCAUGUAUCUAGAUUGCUUCCUGAACAGUCUAAUGCAAACCUCUGUGCAAUCAUUACACAAGUCACUUUCAUUAAAUUAGCAUGAUUUAUGUCAUUACUAAAAUCUAUUGUACAAUCAUAUUUGAGAGAAAAGAUGAGGUAUGAGGCUGAAUUCAGAUUUCAACUUUUUUUUGUAAUUGACCACUCUAUAUCCUUCUAGUACUAUGGCUAUUGGAAGCUUACAGUCUUUACUUAGAUACAGAGAGUAGGUACCAAGGCGCCAAGAUCCCAGCUUUUUUUAGCUAUAGUAAAUCUUUUUUUUUUUUUCUACUUUCCACACUUACUCACUGAUAAUGCUGUGUUCUCAUUUCAAUUGAAGUUGAACACAAUCAAGCUGGCUUUCACUUGUUUUUCUUUGUUUUGCAUUUAGAGCUGCAAAAAAAAAAAAAAGCUAUGAAGCUGCCUCGAUUGCAAAAGCAGGGGCCCUAGUUAAGAUUCAUUCCCUUUUCCACAACUGUUUUCUUCUGUUCAUAUGAGUAACCUUCACCAAAUAAAGGAGCCGAUUCUGUAUUGUCCAUUAUAUUUAAAUGUAUUACAUCCAGUAUUGUCCAUAGACAUAAUGUAUGUGAGUGCAUAAGGUGUCCAGUGUUGCAUUUGGGAUAGCUAAUGUUUCUCAAUUUUGACAGACUUUGAUUGCGAAGACUCAGGCUGUUCUGAAAAGGCCUUAUGUGGCUUCACACAUUAUUGCAAUAACAACAAAACAGCAAAAAAAUUAUCAUAGUUCUAGCUUUGUUAAUUCAACAUUAAAUAAACUUCUUUCUGCAGCA